AUGGGGUGGAGGCGCAGGAAGAGAAGGAGGGGUAGAGGGGAGGAAGAAAAGGAGGGGUGGAGGGGCAGGAAUAGCAAGAGGAGUUGGAUGGGAUUGAUGGGGAGGAAUAGCAGGAGGAGGAGGAAGGGCAGGAGGAGGAGAAGGAAGAGCAGGAGGAGGGGAAGGAAGAGGAGGAGGAAUAGCAAGAGGGUGGAGGAGAGAGGAGCAGAAGGGGUAGAAAGGCAGGAGGAGAAGGAAGAGGAGGAUGGGUGGAGGGACAGGAAGGGCGGGAAGAGCAGGAGGAGAAGGAGCAGGAGGGGUGGAGGGGCAGGAAGAGCAGCAGGAGGAGGUGGAAGAGCAGGAGGAGGAGAAGGAUGA